GAACAGGACGGUAUAGGGGGGGCAGGACACGGGAGCGCCGCGGCGGCCCUGGCUCCCAGCCCCGCGCCCCGAGCUCCACGCCUCAUGGCGCGGAGGCCCCCAGCUGUCAGGCCGCCGGCGACGGGGCCUCCCUGAAGGCCCCCCGCGCGGCCAUGGGCGACUUCGCCCCGGCGGGCCGCCAGGACUACUUCGGCACCCCACCGUCCGCCCGGCGGCUGGGCGGCAGGCUGGUGGAGAGGCUGCCGACGUUCGGCGCGGCGGCGGCGGCCGAGGCGCCCAGCCGCCCUGCGCGGCCCCUGCUGCUGCUCGACCCCAAGACGGGCGGCACGGUCGCGUGCCCGGCCUGGCUGCUCAACGCCGAGACGGCAGGGCGCGCCCGGGGGGUGGCCGCCGGCCUGCUGGGCAUCCCCGCCGCGCAGCUGCAGCUGUCGUGGAACGGGGUCGUGCUCGAG